AGUGAGGAAACUCGAGUGACACCCAUGUGUUGAAUUUCAUCAUCAGCUUGUCAACGACCAGAUGAACGUUACUGUUUUUCUAAUAAAUGUUCAGUAAACAUUAUUGACAUAAAGUUAAUAUCCAAAAUGGUCCCGACGAUGAACGAGGACAUCCAUAAAGAUGCUCUGGAGCUUGUAAAAAACAUAAAUUAUGGAAAGCUCAAGGGAACCGACAAGAUCGUCGAGGCCACCAUCAAGGUGUUGAAGCAGAUUGUUAGCAGUUCAGAAUGGAGCACAGCAAGAAUACUCAUGGAUUUAAUAACGUUAAAUGGAAAAUACAUGAUUGCUGCUGUUCCCUUGGAGGCGUCUAUAGGCAACAUGGUAAGAAGAAUUCUCCACAUAAUUAGGGAAGAGUACACAUUAGAACUCGAGAAUAAACCAGAUGAGGCAGACUGCCAGGAGUCAUUGCACAAAAUAUUGACAUCUCAAGGAGCCCACGAUAUAGAUUUCGAUUGUUCUGUGCCUGAUUUGAAGUCAGCAAUCAUCGAGCACAUCAAUGAGUUCGAGGUGGAGCUGGAAACAUGUUCAGAAAACAUAACUCAGCAGGCGUCUGAGCACAUCCACUCAAACGAAAUUAUAAUGACGAUAGGAUAUUCAAAGAUGGUUGAACGAUUUUUCAAAAAAGCUUCUGAGACUAGGGAAUUUGAGGUCAUCAUUGCUGAAGGGGACCCUACACUAAGCGGUCAAGAAUUGGCAGCUAAGCUUCCCAAAAAAAUAAAAACAACAUUAAUAUCAGAUCGAGGAAUUUUCGCAAUGAUGUCUAGAGUGAAUAAAGUCAUUAUCGGCACCCACACGGUAAUGGCUAAUGGGGGAUUAAAAGCAACAGCUGGAUGUGAUACUGUGGCUCAUGCUGCGAAACACUACUCGGUCCCUGUUAUGGUCCUGCUGCCUCUUUACAAACUUUCCCCACUUUAUCUAUGUUCCUUCGAGCAAGAGGCAUUCAAUAAAUAUCAGGCACCGAUCCAGGGAGUGAUCGAUGGAGCCAAUGAGCCCCUCCUCGAGAGGAUUCAGGCGUACAACCCGGUGUUCGAUUAUGUGCCACCCGAGUUGGUGACUCUCUUCAUCACAAAUACAGGUGGAAAUGCACCUUCCUAUGUUUAUCGACUCCUCAGCGAGCUAUACCAUCCGGACGAUUAUGAAUUAUAACAGAUUGGUAGACAAAUGGAAUGACAUGAUUGACGUUUAGAAUACAAAAUUUCAUUUAUUUACACGUGAACUUGUUUUCAAUAAAAAUAUAUACAUAUUUA